CCUUUCCCCCUCUCUCCUCCCUUCUCCCUGCUCCCUACCUCCUCCCGCUGCUUCCGCCUUCCCGAAAAGGCCGCCCUCCCAGCGCCGGCUCACAAGCCAAUGAAAAUCGCUCUCUCCCUUUCGUCCCGCCCCCUCCCGUCCGCUUCAACCAAUCGCGACCCCUCACCUCCCCAUCCACCAAUCACGGCGGCGGCCCCGCCCCUCCCCUUACCCCCGAAGGCUUCCGCCCGACGGGCUCCCCGGAAGUGUGAUGUGGCCGGCAGCGGGUCGCCAUGUCUGCCAUCUUCAACUUCCAGAGUCUUCUGACAGUAAUCUUGCUGCUCAUAUGUACUUGUGCCUAUAUUAGAUCCCUGGCUCCUAGUCUACUGGACAAAAAUAAAACUGGACUAUUGGGAAUAUUUUGGAAAUGCGCCAGAAUUGGUGAACGGAAGAGCCCCUAUGUGGCUGUGUGCUGUGUCGUGAUGGCCUUCAGCAUCCUGUUUGUAUAGUAGCAACUGGAGAGUGUCCCUACACCCUACUACCAAAAGCAGAGAGCGUGGAAGAACUUCUGUCAGGAAAAGAUGAAAAAAGUGGCAUCAAGUCUCCUCACACCCUGUUGGAUACCUUGUCUCUUUGUGGACACCACCACCAUCUGUAAAUGGACCAUCAUGUACAGUAUUAGUGAUUUCAGUGUAACUAACUCCCCACUUGUUAAUGUCAAGUCAGUACUGACACUCCUGAUGUAACUCUAGAAAGGGUGUCUUGUAUAUCUGAGUUUCAGGAUAGCUUUCUUUACACCAUCCAGUUAAAAAGGCUUAGAAUUUUUUUGUUUCAUAGGCCUUUUAAUUCUUUGUUCAAUAGACUUUAAAUGUUUUGUUUGAUAGACCUGUGUAAUGAAACUUAAAAAUUAUAACUCCAGCAAUAGCAAUAAGAUGGCUCUAACAAGACUAGACAACGUCAAGACUCUAGGAUGUGUUUUCAAAAUAUUUUCAAUUCUUAUUUUCUGAUGAAUUCCUGACAUUUUGUGGUAGCUAUAAAUGCAUACUAAAAAUACUAUCUCUGACCUAAGUUACAUUCUAAAUGUAAAGCCACAUUUCUAAACUUGUGAUUGCUUAAAUAAAAUAUCAAUAUUUUUCAUUGUUAUGGUAUCAGUAAAGGCAGGGACCAUAAUUCUAGUGAUACUGAGUAGUGCUGACUAGGCACAGAUGUGGGAUUUGAGAACCUGGACUGCUCUGUGUAAGGUAUCUUAUGUAUUAAUUUUAAAGAAUCUAGGUCUCAGGUAAUCAUUUCCCAACAACUUUCAAUAUUAUGACAAAAAGAUUCUAAAGGCUCUGCUGCUCUGGUUGCAGGUAAUACAAGGUUGUUAAUCAUCAAAGUGAAACUUCUUGGGAAUCUGCAGAUAAGGAAGUUGCAUGUCCCAAUGUUCUAAAUGGCAAAGAAAAUAAAUUAAAUUACACUCGUUAUUAAUAAAGAUUUUGAUUACCUUUUUAAUAUUUGGCAUUACCAUUUGUUCUGUAAUUUUGCAAAUUUCUAGUAGUCUAGUAAUUUAUCUAAAUAGGGCCUGACAGGUGUGUUUGCACGAGACAACUGUAGACUUUAUAUUGACUGCUAUUUAAAGACAUGUCUGUCAGCAGUAUUUUUUGUUGCUCUGAAAAGGCAAGCUAAGCUGGUAAUAAAAGAUAAUAAAAAGUAAA